AUGUCGGAUGAUCCGAGCUUAUAUAGAUUAGAGGGGACCGAGGGGAAUCAAGUGGGUGGCCUGGUGAUCCGUAAGAAAACUUCAGAUCACACCUUCAAGAAACCAUCUAUACUGGGUCUCGACAAGCUCGCGGAGCAGAAGAGAAGGGAGCAGUCGCAGGAGCCUUCCAGCUCCAAGUCGCAUAGAUCCGAAGGGAAGGACAGGAGGUAUCGAUCUUAUGAAGAGGAAACGCCCACAUACACCGGCGGUGUCAACUCCGUGGCACAAGAGAGAUUGGAGUCGCGGCUGAAGCGUCAGAGAUUGAACGCAGACGACCGAGUCUCUAGAAACUCGUAUCGCGAUCGCGAGAGGGACAGAGACCGGGACCGGGACAGACGUAGGGACAGGGAGAGCAGGAACAGGGAGAGUCGGGGUAGGGACAGCAGCGUGAGGCAGACUCCGCUCAGGUUCAAGGACGAGCCGCAGACCCCGAAAUUCCGCACGAAGGACCCGACCUCGAAGAGCAACUGGGACGACGACGAGGACGAGGAGCCGAGACGCUCGAGCUGGGAUCACCCGACGCCGAACAUCUACGGGAACCGGGACGGCCGCGACAGCAUCCGCAGCGAAUUCACACCGUCGUACAAGUACAACUCCUGGAACAAGGAGUACAAGAGCUCCGGCGCCACUCCGAUGGUGGACGGGGAAGAGAAGGAGUUGUGGGAGGAGGAGCAGCAGCGGCUGGACAGGGAGUGGUACGCGUUGGACGACGGCGAGAACAACGCGUUCGCCAACGUGUCCGAGGAGUACACGCGCAAGAAGGAGAUGGAGCUGGAAGCCAGGCGGCAGAAGCGCGUGUCCGCGCAACAGCGGCAGAUUAACAAGGACAACGAGCUGUGGGAGCGCAAUCGGAUGCUGACGUCGGGUGUCGUGAGCUCGCUGGACCAUGACGACGAUCCAGACGACGAGGGUGAGGCGAGGGUGCACUUGCUCGUGCACAAUGUGGUGCCACCGUUCCUGGACGGGCGGAUCGUCUUCACGAAACAGCCGGAACCGGUGGUCCCCGUGCGCGAUCCCACUUCCGACAUGGCUCUAGUGGCAAGGAAGGGCUCGGCACUAGUCAAGGCCUAUCGCGAGCAAAAGGAGAGACGCAGGGCGCAGAAGAAGCAUUGGGAGCUGGCCGGCACGCACAUCGGGAACAUUAUGGGCGUCCACGAUCGGCGCAAGGACGACAAGGAGCAUGCGGGUCAGGAAGCGGAUUUCAAGGCCGGGCAGAAGUAUGCCCGCCACAUUGGAGCGGGGGAGGUAACCGGAGAAGCCCGUCACAGAUCGAUUCAGCAUCAGAGGAGAAGCCUGCCCGUAUUCGCGGUGCGCCAGGAACUGCUGAACAUCAUCAGAGAGAACAGCGUGGUGAUAAUCGUCGGCGAGACCGGCAGCGGUAAAACCACACAAUUAACGCAGUAUCUUCACGAGGACGGCUACAGUCGUAAUGGUAUGAUCGGUUGCACGCAACCCAGGAGAGUCGCCGCGAUGUCGAUUGCGAAACGAGUGUCCGACGAGAUGGGCACCGCUCUAGGUGACAAGGUCGGAUACGCGAUACGUUUCGAAGAUUGCACUUCAAAGGAUACCGUCAUUAAAUACAUGACUGACGGUAUUUUACUGAGGGAGAGCUUGAGAGAGGGAGAUCUGGAUCGCUAUAGUGUGAUAAUAAUGGACGAAGCCCACGAGCGAUCGCUUUCAACAGAUGUAUUAUUCGGUCUUCUUCGAGAGGUUGUUGCUAGGCGCCACGAUCUAAAGUUGAUCGUAACUUCCGCGACGAUGGACUGCAGCAAAUUUUCCGCAUUCUUCGGCAACGCGGCAACGUUCGAGAUACCAGGGCGCACAUUUCCCGUCGAGGUGUUGCACGCAAAGAACCCGGUCGAGGAUUACGUGGACGCGGCUGUGAAGCAAGUCUUACAGAUCCACUUGCAGCCGAAAAGCGGCGACGUACUCGUCUUCAUGCCAGGCCAGGAGGACAUCGAGGUCACCUGCGAAGCGCUGAAGGAACGAUUAGCCGAGAUCGAGUCGGCGCCGCCUCUCUCUAUCCUGCCGAUCUAUUCCCAGCUGCCGUCAGAUCUGCAGGCGAAGAUCUUCCAACGGUCCGAAGACAAUCUUCGCAAAUGCGUCGUGGCGACCAACAUUGCAGAGACAUCGCUGACCGUCGACGGGAUCGUCUUUGUCGUCGACUCCGGUUACUGCAAGCUCAAAGUCUACAAUCCUCGUAUAGGUAUGGACGCCCUCCAGGUGUAUCCCGUGUCGCGCGCAAACGCCGAUCAGAGAUCCGGACGAGCCGGUCGUACUGGGCCCGGUCAGUGUUACCGGCUUUACACUAGAAGGCAGUACCUCGACGAGUUGUUGCUGUCGGGAGUACCCGAGAUCCAACGGACCAAUCUGGCGAACACGGUGCUGCUGCUGAAGUCGCUGGGCGUGCAGGACUUGCUGGCGUUCCACUUCAUGGACCCGCCGCCGCAGGACAAUAUACUGAACUCCCUGUAUCAGCUGUGGAUCCUGGGCGCGCUUGAUCAUACCGGACGCCUGACGCCCCUCGGCCGGCAGAUGGCCGAGUUCCCUCUCGACCCGCCACAGUGCCAGAUGCUGAUAGUCGCCUCUGAACUCGGUUGCACUGCGGAUAUUCUCAUCAUCGUCUCCAUGCUGUCGGUACCGUCGAUCUUCUAUCGACCAAAGGGCCGCGAGGAGGACUCGGACUCGGCGCGCGAGAAGUUCCAAGUGCCCGAGUCGGACCAUCUGACCUACCUGAACGUGUACAACCAAUGGAAGGCGAACGGCUACUCGACCACCUGGUGCAACGAGCACUUCAUACACGCGAAAGCGAUGCGCAAGGUGCGUGAGGUGCGCUCGCAGCUCGAGGAGAUUCUCAAGCAGCAGAAGAUGGACGUCGUCAGCUGCGGCACCGACUGGGACAUCGUGCGCAAGUGCAUCUGCUCCGCGUACUUUCAUCAGGCGGCGCGCCUCAAGGGAAUCGGCGAGUACGUCAAUUGCCGUACCGGGAUGCCGUGCCACCUUCAUCCCACCUCGGCGCUGUUCGGCAUGGGCUUCACACCCGAUUACGUCGUUUAUCACGAGCUCGUGAUGACCGCCAAGGAAUACAUGCAGUGCGUCACUGCGGUGGACGGUCACUGGCUGGCUGAGCUGGGUCCGAUGUUCUUCAGCUUGAAGGAGACGGGUCGCAGCGGCCGCGCAAAGCGCCGCCAGGCGAUGCAGCACCUGCACGAGAUGGAACAUCAGAUGAAGGAGGCCGAAGAGGAGAUGAAGGCGCGCGCCCAGGAGCAGCUCGAGCGCGAGCAGGCGUCGGUGCGCAAGAAGGAGAUUCUGACGCCUGGCAUCCGGGAACCGGGUACCCCCGCUCCGUAUCGUAACACUCCCGGACGAUUAGGACUCUAAUUAGUAUUUCUUUUUUUUAUAAUAUAAUGCGUCGUAUUGCGUUAAAUGUGCAAUUGCAAAAAGGAAAGUACGUGUGUAUGCGUUCGUUACACGGGUGAUUCAGACAAAUCGAAAAAUUUAGCGAUAAACAAAAAUUAAAUAAAUAAAAAUUGUAACACCUAUGUUACGCAGAUGGUUCAAUUAUAAUCCACAAUUAAUAGUAAUUGAUAAUUUAGCGGCGGCGGCAUCAGUGAUAAAAUUCUACAUUAUGAUCUUGAUUAUUAGAUUUCCAUAUCCUUUCCCGUCUCCUAGCACAGACGCUACAGAACUGUACAGUGUAUAAAUUAUUUAGCAUGUUACUUUGUAAAUUAAAUAAUAUUUUAAUCUCCCUGUCCUCCAUAAUCAGAUGUGGAAUGACGUAUACUUAAAUUUUUUUUAGGGAAUAAAUAUCAAAACUGUACAAAGUGUUUUGUAUGUAUUAGCUUUGCGUGUGUGAUAUGUAUGUACAUAAAAGUUUUUAUAUAAAUAAAAUUAUUUUUACGAUA